AUGGCCGGCAAGGGUAAGACGGUCGUGCGGACGCUGGAGGAUUUGACGCUGGACUCGGGUUAUGGUGGCGCCGCGGACUCGGUCCGCUCUUCCAGCGUGUCGCUCUGUUGCUCCGACACCCACCAGUCCUACUCGCAUGGCGGCAACUGCUGGCAUCUGACGGAAUCCAUGCACAGCAGACAGAACAGCCUGGACACGGUCAACACCGUCCUGGCGGAGGACACGGAUGUCUCGGAGUGGUCCGGUCUGUGCGCCAAGCUCCCCGAGCUCGAGGACGUGCCAUGGAGCCUCGGAGAGGUGGAGGGCGCACUCAGGAAGCACGAGGACCCGGCGAUGGGCGUCCCUUCCCGGGAGGUGCUGGCCAAGCUGUCGGUGCUCAUCAGCCGCGCUCUGGUGAGGGUGGCGCGCGAGGCGCAGCGGCUCAGCCUGCGCUACGCCAAGUGCACCAAGCACGAGGUGCAGAGCGCGGUGCGAGCGGUGCUCUCGUGGACUAUCUCCGUUAACUGCGUGGCGGCCGCGCUGAGCGCGCUCUCCCUGUACAACAUGAGCACCGCUGCGGACAAGUUCAGCCGCGGCAAGUCGACGCGCUGCGGCCUGGCGUUCUCCGUGGGAAAGUUCUUCCGAUGGAUGGUGGAGAGCCGUGUGGCGCUGAGGGUCCACGAACACGCGGCCAUCUACCUUGCCGCGUGCACGGAGAUCCUGUUCAGGGAGGUGUUUGCGCGCGUGCAGCGCAGCUCGCUCCUGGAGAGGGACAACGGCGUGCCCAAACUCACGCUGGAGUCGCUGGAGCAUGCAAUCAACAACGACUCGGAGAUGCCGUUCCUGGUACUGCCCCCGCUGAUGGAGUGGAUCAGGGUCGCGGUCGCCCACACGGCCCACAGACGGAGCUUCUCGGUGGACAGCGAUGACGUCCGGCAGGCGGCCAGACUGCUGCUGCCCGGGGUGGACUGUGAACCACGUCAGCUGAAGGCCGACGACUGCUUCUGCGCGAGCAGGAAGUUGGACGCGGCGUCCACCGAGGCCAAGUUCCUGCAGGACCUGGGCUUCAGGAUGCUGAACUGCGGCCGCACCGACCUGGUGAAGCAGGCGGUCAACCUGCUGGGGCCCGACGGCAUCAACAGCAUGAGCGAGCAGGGGAUGACCCCCCUGAUGUAUGCGUGCGUGCGCGGCGACGAGGCCAUGGUCCAGAUGCUGCUGGACGCCGGAGCCGACAUCAACAGCGAGCUGCUGCUGGACAACAAGGCCAACGUUGAGGGGGCACUGCAGGAGGGAGUGGAGAACUACACCGAGACGCCGCUACAGCUAGCCGCCGCCGCAGGUAACUUCGAGCUGGUCAGCGUGCUCCUGGAGCGCGGCGCUGACCCGAUGAUCGGGACGGUGAGUCGCAACGGGAUCGUCUCGCCCGCCGCCCCCCAGGGGGACAUGAACUCCUUCAGCCUGGCAGCGGCGCACGGCCACAGGAACGUGUUCCGGCGGCUCCUGUCCCAGACGGAGAAGGAGAAGGGGGACGUCCUGUCGCUGGAGGAGAUCCUGGCCGAGGGCUCUGAGCCCGGGGGCGGGGACAAGCGGGCGGCCCCGCCCCCUCUGCCGCUGCUGCUCCCCAACGGAGGCGGAGCCACGCUGCUGCGAACAGGAAAGGCCAAACUGAGAGCCCUGAGAGAGGCCAUGUACCACAGCGCCGAGCACGGCCACGUGGACAUCACCAUAGACAUCCGCAGCUUAGGGGUCCCAUGGACGCUGCACACCUGGCUGGAGUCGCUGAGGACCUGCUUCAUCCAGCAGCGGCGGCCUCUGAUCCAGGGGCUGCUCAAGGACUUCAGCGCCAUCCAGGAGGACGAGUACACCGAGGAGCUCAUCACCCACGGCCUGCCGCUCAUGUUCCAGAUCCUCCGCGCCAGCAAGAAUGAGGUGAUUAGCCAGCAGCUGGCCGUUAUCUUCACGCAGUGCUACGGACCGUUCCCCAUCCCCAAACUGACAGAGAUAAAGAAGAAGCAGACCUCACGUCUCGACCCUCACUUCCUCAACAACAAGGAGAUGUCUGACGUCACCUUCCUGGUGGAAGGGAAGCCCUUCUAUGCACACAAAGUGCUGCUGUUCACCGCCUCGGCCAGGUUCAAGUCUUUGCUCCAGAACCGACCGGCAGCAGAGAACACCUGCAUCGAGAUCAGCCACGUCAAGUACAACAUUUUCCAUCUGGUCAUGAAGUUUCUGUAUUACGGCGGAACAGAAACGUUGCACAUCCGAAACACGGAGAUAAUGGAGCUCUUGUCUGCUGCCAAAUUCUUCCAACUGGAAGCUCUGCAGCGGCACUGUGAGAUCAUCUGCUCCAAGAACAUCACCACGGAGACCUGCGUGGACCUCUACAAGCACGCCAAGUUCCUGGGUGCGGCCGAUCUGACGGCGUUCAUCGAGGGCUUCUUCCUGAAGAACAUGGUGCUGCUGACGGACCUGGAGCCCUUCAAGCAGCUGCUCCCCGCCUCCCCCGGCAUCUGCUCCGACAUCCUCCUGGAGCUGGAGAAGACGCUGACCACACGCAUCCGUUCCAUCCACCUGUCCGCCUCCAAGGGCUCCGUGGUGUGA